CAGCCCCCGCCGAGCCGGCAGCACCGGCGGCGAUGUUCCCGCUGUGGAAGGACGUUCUCUCGGAGAGUCUCCUGGGCUACAUUUCUUGGUCUCUUUACCAUGCACUGCCACCAAUGAUCUACUACUUCCCUCUUCAGACACUGGCACUCACAGGCUUAGAAGUUUUUGCUGUUGCCUUCUUUUCCCCGAUAUUCUUGACAAUUGACCCUUUUUGGAGGCUGGCUAACAAUGAGUAUGUUCUAGCCUUUCUGAGAUUGACUAUGGUUGGAAGCUUAGCAUCAUACCAUGCACCAAAUGCUUCAAUUAGACUGCUCAUCUUGGCUGCUGGUGUUUCUUCUUCAUUGCUGGUUCAAACAGUAACAUGGUGGUCAGGAAACAGUGUACAAAGGUUCAUCAGGAUAUGGGGCUUCAUGCUAGGCAAGAUAAUGCUCCUUGUUCUUCGUAUCUGGUACACAUCACUUAAUCCAGUCUGGAGCUCACAAGUUGCCAAUACUGUGAUACUGACAAUUGGUUUUGUAGCAGCAGUGGAGCGAAUCCAUUCAGGUGGAGACAAGAGGAAACAAGAAACAAACAAAACUGGUAAUGUGAUUAGAGAGGCUGCUUCCCAUCCUCACUGGUUUUUAUCAGGGAUUGCUUUUGGCAGCCUCAUAUUCCUCACUGUGUGGAUAUUUGGGGAGGUGUCCUUAAUUUCCAGAUGGGCAGUAAGUGGACAUCCACAUACAGGUCCAGAUCCUAAUCCAUACGGAGGUACAGUUCUGUUGGGCCUUGCUCAUGGACUGAUGCUUUCAUUUUGGAGCUGGUCUUCUAUCAUCAGUUUUGCCUUGUUUCUUAUAGGUUUGACAUCUUCAGCUGGUCUCCUUUAUUUACAUACCUGGAGUGCUGCUGUUGCAGGCAACAUUCUUGGUGUCUUUACUAUGUGUGUGUGGCCUCAACUAGCUGCACGCUUUGUUAGCUGUCUGCAUCCUGGGAAAGCCAUGAGCACAGCCAUGUUUGCCUACGUUCUUGAAUUAUUCUUCUGUGUAUGGUGUACAGCUUAUAAAUUUGUACCUGGAGGAGUUUACAUUAGAGAAAGCUCCCAUCUUCUUCUAGGUACAUUUGUGAUAAUGAACAAAUACAAAUAUGCUUGCUUUAGCUUCAGACAGACGUGAAAUGUAUCUAAAGAGUCUUUUCAAGUGCUUGUAUUGUGGCUGCUUGUUGGUGUUGGUUUGCUUGGAUUGAGUUUACGUUAUAGAACUUACCAGAAGAAGUUGGGCCAAAGGGUUCCAAAAAGAGAUUUCUCUGCUAUGAUCUGGCCUUUUAGAUUUGGAUUUGACAAUGAAGGAUGGUCUAAUUUGGAACGAUCAGCUAAUUUGCUUAAUCAGACAGAAGCAGAUUUUAUCACUAUUAUAGAGAGUGAUGCCUCUAAACCAUUCAUUGGAAACCAUGAUCCAACCAUGUGGCUUGGAGAAAGACUGGGAUUUUAUACAGAUUUUGGUCCAAGCACAAGAGAUCACACUUGGGGGAUUAUGGCACUAUCCAGGUAUCCAAUUGUAAAAUCAACCCAUCACCUCCUUCCAUCUCCAGAGGGAGAGAUUGCACCUGCCAUCUCCCUGACUGUCAACUUCACAGGGAAGCUGGUUGAUUUUGUUGUUGCUCACUUCGGAAAUGAAGAAGAGGACUUGGACAGAAAACUCCAAGCAAUAGCUGUUUCAAACCUGUUGAAGACUAGCUCUAAGCAAGUUGUGUUUCUAGGAUACAUCACUUCAGCUCCUGGAUCCAGAGACUAUACUGAAUUAAUAAAAAAUGGAAAUAUGCAGGAUAUUGACAGUACAGACCGGGACAGAUGGUGUAGCUAUAUCAUGUAUCGUGGAGUAAUAAGGCUGGGUUAUGCCCGCAUAUCUCAUGCUGGUUUAAGUGAUUCAGAAGUCCAGAUGGCCAAAUUUAGAAUCCCAGAUGACGUGGAUAGCUAUGUUGACAAUGACAGAAUUGUCACUGAUCCCAGCCAAGUUCCUGAGGACAUCCAUUUCAAUCCCAGGUUUGGAUCUUACAAAGAUGGACAUAAUUAUGUGCCUAUUCAUCACUUUCAUAUGAGCACUCCUAAAUAUUUUAAACGGACAAAUUAGAGCAAGAAAAUAAAAUUAUUAUUCAGACCAACAAGAAAGGUAUAUUGCUCGAAACUGAAUUGACAGCCAAAAAGACUACAGUGUUUAAGGAUGAGCAACUGCCUUGCUGCACAACACUGUGAAUGUCUUUGUAAUAGUUGGUGCCUUUCUUCUUGAAUGAGCUGCCAUCACUGUGAGGGAAGGAAGGUGCACGCAUUUUGGUAAACUGGUAUGCACGUUGGCCAGAUACCUGCUUUGUAUGCAGCCAAGCAAGGGUGGGAACUUGCUUUGGCAACAACUUCUUCA